AUAAAGUUUGAAAAUUGUUAUUAGUACUCAACUUCUAUUAUUUUGACAAAUCUGGAUGAGUGUACAAAUAGCAAUAGGAACUCCUACAUAUACAUCAGUUCAAACACUCCAGGACUAUCAUUUACUUGAGGCCCAACUCCUUCAUUCUUUCCUUUCCAACCUCUCUAAAAACCAAAUUUAGUCAUGGUGAGUGAGAAUCGAGCUUUGGAGAACAUAAUGCUUCCGCUAGGCAUGGUCGCGGUUCAACUCUUCACCAUGGGCAUGCUCUUGCUCUCCAAAGUCAUCUUGACAAGCGGCACGACAACCGUUUUCAGUCUCCUUUGCUAUCGCAACGCGGUAGGGGCUCUCUUCAUGGCUCCUUUCGCUAUCUUUCUCGAGAGGGAGAUGAAGAACAAAUUGGCCUGCUCAGCUCUCUUCUGGAUUUUCAUCAAUGCAUUGUUUGGGGUGGUGAUGGCAAUGGGGUUGUACUACUAUGCUUUAGAAUACACAAGUGCUUCAUAUGCAGUGAAUUACUUGAACUUAAUCCCAAUUGUCACCUUCAUCAUAGCAGUCAUCAUUGGAUUUGAGAGAUUAGAGUUAAACAGUAAAGCAGGGAAAAUGAAGGUUCUUGGCACUUUGUUAUCAGUAGGUGGAGCUAUGGUGGUUAGUUUAUACAAAGGUAAAACUUUCCACAUAGGGGCCUUUCACCUUCACAGAAUUGAGAGCGAGGCAAAGGCAGUCGCGGAGCGAAACAUUUUUCGCAGUAGUCUCUUGCUGAUAGGGAGCAAUUUUAGCUUCGCAUUAUGGUUCAUCGUGCAGGUUAAAGUCUUCAAAGUGUUUCCUUCAAAGUAUUGGACUACAAUGCUGACUUGCUUGUUUGGAAGCCUCAUGGCAAUGCUCAUAGGAGUAGCUCUUGACAGAGAUUUAAGGCCAUGGAAGUUAGAUUUCAACUUAAAUUUAUUAACCAUCUUUUACUCAGGUAUUCUGAAUUCUGGAUGCACAUAUUGCUUGAUCUCAUGGGCAGUCUCAAGAAGAGGUCCAACAUAUCCAUCAGUGUUCAAUCCAUUAUCAGUCAUUUUUACAGUCAUUGCUGAAUCAAUGUUUAUGGGUGAAGAAGUCACAGUUGGAAGUUUGGUGGGUGCAAUUUUGAUAAUUGGAGGAGUUUAUGCAUUUCUUUGGGGUGGAACAGAAGGGCAUUCUGCACUGAAGAUCAGCAGUCUUCAAGAUGAGCAACAGCUUGAAGAUGGGCUUCCAACUUAGUCUUAUUGAUUGCUGCACUCACCCUUCAAAUUAAUUUGGAAAACCAACAACAACAAUAAAAAAACAAAAAAGCACAAGUAUUUUCCCACAUGAUCAGUGUGUUAUAAUGACUUUUGACUUUGUUUUAAGAUUGUUUUUCUGGUUGUGUGUUUUUAAUUUUGGGAGGUGAUUUUAGUUUAUGUUUUAGUAGUUCAUUCAUUAAUAAGCUCUGUUUAUCCCUUAUUUGCCCGAGAAAGAGGGAAAGGAAUGAAUUGUGGAAAACAUCUUUGAAAAGGAGAAACA